AUGGAAGACGACGACCAUUCUGAUGAGGAGUUUUUCGAAAAAUGUCCCCAUUCACGAUUUGAUUGGAGUCGAAUUGGUGCUGGUGCGGGGUUAGACACCAUCAUCAAGGAGGCCGAUCAGUGCAUCGAGUGCAAUCUGUUACUACAAGCUGUAGCCAAAAUCAAGCCUGGAUGGAUUGAAGCCAACAAAGGCAGUAAAUGCCAGAUAUAUGUCGAGAAGGGGAAAACAUACACGAUCAAACUCCUUCCACGACGAAGAGCCCGAGAUCCAAUCGUCUCAUUUCAGUACAUCCACCGAUCAAAGGAUGAACCCUUUUAUGAACCGGAGGAUCAACAUUCUGACUAUAAGGGUAUCCUGCGAAGACCUCGGGCUCAGACGUUGGAAAUUAUCCCGGAUUCAUCUUCCAAGCCCGCUCUGGAUCGCGCCUCUCAGUGGCUCUCACAAUGCCUUGAACACGAUGAGGCGUGCGAAUUACCAAACACAGGGUUUAUGCCUAGGCUACUUAUCGAUGUUGGUUCUCAGGAUGACCCUAGAGAACCAUUUCUCUAUAAACCCACUGAGGUGGCACCAUAUGCAUGUCUGAGCUACUGCUGGGGAUCCGAUACCGAAGGUGUCUUGCGAACAACUACAGAAAACUUAGAAUCUCACUAUGAAUCUCUUCCAUUCUCCAAGAUGCCUCUUGGUAUACAGGACGCCGUUACAGUCUGCCGCGGUCUCAAUAUUCGCAAUCUGUGGGUGGACUCUCUAUGCAUCGUCCAGGAUGAUCCCAUUGCUUGGCGCGAGGAUGCGUCACAAAUGGACCGCAUAUAUCUACAUUCUCGCCUUACAAUCGCAGCUCUUGAGCCCGCAACUUGCAAAUCACCAUUUCUCGGCCUCCAGAAGUUUGCGCACCCUGCCUGGCAAAGCCGCUUUACAGCCGAUGUCCCUCUCGAACCGAAUGAACCGCCUCUUGAGAUAUUCAUAAGGUUAUGGCGUGAAGGAGAUUCUGAGUACAAUGAAGAUUUCACAACAAGCUCCCUUGAUAAGAGGGGAUGGUGUCUUCAAGAAAGCCUACUUCCAACUCGUCGCUUAUGCUUCAACGGGGAUGAGAUGGUUUGGCAGUGUCUUUGUCGGACAAUAUGUGAGUGUGGCCACAUCUUGUGGAAAGCUCAGCCCCCUGGGUUUGGGCGUCUGGGAACACAUCUCAAGUCGAAGCGUCUCAAAGCAGAGGUCGCCCUUUCCAACCCACAGCCGGCGCGGCCUCGUUAUGAGGAUUUUCACAGUUACGACUAUGCUCGAAGUAACCAUCUUUAUCCACACAAGUCAUAUAGAAGAUGGAGGGACAUUGUGAUGGAGUACACAGAGCGUCAUCUCACCUUUAAAAAAGACAAGCUGAGCGCCGUCUCCGGGUUGGCUAAGCUAGUCCGUGAAAUUCUGCCCGAUGAUCAACAAAGCCAAGGAGAGGGACAUCCCGAAGAGUACCUGGCUGGUCUAUGGAGAGGAGAAUUUCAUUAUGAGCUUGCAUGGAUGGUGGCAUCACCCAUAGCAGAACCCAGCACGGCAGAGAAUUUUGGCGUCCCAAGCUGGUCAUGGGCAUCUGUCAACGCUCCUGUAACUUAUACGUUCGACAAGCCCAUAGAGAUCUGGAAGUACCAACCUUAUCUUAUAGAGUGCGUCAAGGUAGAAAGUGUUUCAUGCCAGAGGGAACUUGCAAACGAGGAAACAAGUAAUGUCAUGAGUGGCGAGGCCGUCCUGACGGGUCUUGUAUCUCGCGUGGAGCUGGCUGUAACCCUUGGGUCAGAAGGAAACUCAGAGGCAUAUGUGAGAUCUUCAAAUUUACACGCCUAUAAAUGGAUGAUGGAUGGACAUGAUGAGAAUCUUAUCUGCCUUGUGCUGUUUUCGUGGACUGCCCCCGUCUCGAAAAAGCACGAUAAUGGUGAUCCAUAUCCGAAUAUGGGACCGGAGACUUGGUUCUUGGUGUUGAAGCAGUCUCGUUCGGUCGAGGGCGCUUUUGAGAGAAUCGGCAUCGGACGUUACUAUCAUAAUAUGAGUAAGAAAUGCAUGCUCUUUGCGGAUGAAGAGUCUGCUACAGUGAAGAUAGUUUAG